AUGACAGCCUUACUGGAUAUGACAAAUCAAUGGUGUUUUAAUAUUGAUAAAGGGAUGUUAAACGGUGUGAUUUUUCUUGAUCUAAAGAAGGCUUUUGACACCAUUGAUCAUGAAAUUUUGCAAAUGAAACUUGCAUGUUAUGGUUUGAAAGAGUGUAGUUUGGAAUGGGUUGAAUCCUACUUGACAAAUAGGGUACAAGUUUGUCAUGUAAAUGGCAUAUAUUCAAAUGAAGAAACCAUUUCCUGCGGGGUUCCACAAGGUUCUAUUUUGGGUCCGGUCUUAUUUUUGCUAUAUAUAAAUGACCUACCCAGUUGUUUGGAACAUGGAAUUGCCAGGCUAUUUGCUGACGAUACAAAUAUGACUUCCACAGGUUGCAAUUUGGAAUCGGUCGAAAAUAAAAUGCAGAUUGAGCUUAAUAAAAUAUUCAAGUGGCUUUGUGCAAACAAGUUGACACUGAAUAUUUUAAAGACCGAUUUCAUGGUUAUUGCUUCUCGACAAAAGCUAGCGGCCUUGGGAGACUCAAUAACAUUGUCAGUAAACGGUGUUUCAUUAAGCCAAGUUCGUUCGGUGAAAUCCUUAGGAGUAAACAUAGACGAAAUCUUAACUUGGGAAAACCAUGUGGAGAGUAUUCGCUUAAAAGUAUCCCGUAAUAUUGCUACUUUGAGGCGAUUAAAGCCCAUUUUAACACAAAAAAACCUAGUAUCACUCUAUCGGGCGAUAAUUGAACCAUAUUUCAUUUAUUGCUCCAUAGUUUGGGACAGCCUUGGUCAAACAUUAGACAAGUCUCUACAAAUUUUACAAAAUAGGGCUGCCCGUGUGAUAACUGGGGCACAUUUCUCAACAUCAUCCUCAAAACUCUUAAAAGAACUUGGCUGGAUGAAUAUUCAGGAAAUGAG